CGUCGUCGAAGGAGCGGAGCCGAUGUGAUUCCGCCGACUUCCUCCUUGCUGUUCAUGGACAGUGUUCAGCCGCUUUGCGCGCGAAUAACUUUUUUUCAGUUUCUUUUGUAGACCUUUUUGUGUGUAACCUCGUUGGUUAUUUCACGCCAAAACCGAGCAACAAAUACAAUUAAUAUAUAAUUAAUAUAACAAUAUUCAGCAAGUCAACGAUUUAAUCGUACCGAAAUGAGCAGCCAAAAGACAGUGCCGAACGGCGUCAAGUUCCUCAUCGGUGGCACUUCUGGCAUGGCAGCGACAUGUUUUGUACAGCCAUUGGAUUUAAUAAAAAAUCGUAUGCAGUUGAGCGGUACAAAAACCUCAACAUUAAGUGUAACAUCGUCCAUUUUAAAAAACGAAGGUAUUCUAGCACUAUACUCAGGUUUGUCCGCUGGUUUAAUGCGACAAGCUACGUACACCACUACUAGACUUGGUAUAUACACAUGGCUUAUAGAACUUACUUCAAAAGACGCUCAACCAAGUUUUAUUGUGAAAGCACUACUUGGCAUGGCAGCUGGUUGUGUCGGAGCAUUUGUAGGUACACCUGCAGAAGUAGCUUUAAUUAGAAUGACCGCAGAUGGAAGACUGCCUAUUGCCGAUAGGCGCAAUUAUAAGAAUGUGUUCGAUGCAUUAUUCCGUAUAAUUAAGGAGGAAGGUCUAUUCACCUUGUGGCGCGGCGCCAUUCCCACUAUGGGACGUGCCAUGGUUGUGAAUGCAGCGCAGCUGGCAUCAUAUUCGCAAGCGAAACAAGCAUUGUUAGACACAGGAUAUUUCGAGGAAAACAUCAUAUUACAUUUCGCAAGCUCUAUGAUUUCUGGUUUAGUCACCACGGCUGCAUCUAUGCCUGUUGAUAUAGCGAAGACGAGGAUACAAAAUAUGAAAACAAUCAAUGGCAAACCAGAAUUUACCGGAGCUUUCGAUGUUCUCACUAAAGUUAUAAGAAACGAGGGAUUGUUUGCAUUGUGGAAAGGAUUCUUCCCAUAUUAUGCACGUCUGGGACCUCAUACUGUUCUGACAUUUAUUUUCUUGGAACAGAUGACUUCCGCUUACAAAACAUAUCUGGCGUAGUAUAUUCGCAACAAAAGUCGUCGAUCCCAUAGAUUCCAGCGAUAUCUUAAGUUUCGCUAUUGUACUGCUAUCUGUCUAAAGCCUAACAUUUAUGUGAUAUACAUUAUCAAAGAAACAUUAUUUUUAUAAAGAAUCAAUUUUUGUAGAAUGUAUGAUUUUCUCUUAUUAAUUUUGCGCCACGAUAUCUUACAAAGUAGAUUAUGGAAAAUAAUGUUUACUAUCACGCGCACAAUUGCAAUACAUGAUUUUAUAUAGAA